AUGUCUGAAAGCGUAUGCACCGAGUUCCUCAACGACAUCGAGCUCGAUUUUUCCCAGAAAUUUGCGAUUCCAGCUGACAAAAUCAAGCUUCUUUCACAUUAUCGAGCUAGGACUUCAUUAUUUGAGAAAGGCCGUGAAGAGUGGCUCGAAAACAUUGAGGCCUUGCACCACAACCAAAAGGACUUUAUCAAAAAGCUUAAGGACGUCAAAAAUUCCAACGACAAAAUUUACGAAUUGCAGACAAAACUAGGAGAAAUUCAAAAUAUAAUAUUCAAUGAGCGCCAACAAAUAAUGAAGCUUUCUCAAGAAAACGACAUGCUGAGGCUCCAGGAGCAGCAAGAUAUGAUGAAAAUCAAAGAAUUUUUGACCGUCUCCAAAACUCAGCCUCACCAAAACACUUUUUUCCAAGACAAAAGACCACGCUCCGCCAGAAAACAAAACCAAGACUGCUCAUGGUGCUCUCUAUGUAAAGCUUAUAAUGGAGCUGGCCAUAAUUGCAAAGUAGGCAAAACAACGAAAACUCCUAAACAUUUGCUGAGGACAGUGUAUUUGCCUAAUGAAGAAAUGAACUUUUUAGCGAUAGAAGUAGAUCUAUUAAAGCAGCAGUUAGCAAGAGAAAGAGAAAAUUAUCAAAGUGAGCUUGAUGCUUUGGCGGAUGAAGAUAAGGUGAGGGAGCAGGAAAUGGCUAUGAGGAAAGAAGUGGAUGAUGAUAAAAUUAGAGAGCUAAAAUCAAUGGUAGAAAGAGAUGAAGAAGCAAAAAUUCAGCUGACUAACUCCUUCCCUGGCUAGUAAGUAAGUUUUUGAAUUAAUCAGGUUUAAAUUUUUCGAAAAAGUUAAUUUUUUAUUAUUUUGAAAUGAAUUUGAGAUAAUUUAGUUAAAAAGUAGAUUUUGCUUGCUAAGAAGGGAAGUAAGGAAUAUUUGAAACUUAGGCAUGAAAGGCUUUCCAGAGAAAAAAUGCUUAUAGAAAGACAACAGGAGCUGGAACGCGAAAUUGAAGAAAGAAAAAUAGAAUUUCAAAGGCAGAAUAAUGAAGCUAAACAAGAAAUUAAAGAAACCCAAAGGCUAGCACAACAGAAAACUAAGGACUUUGCUAAUAAAUUCAGAAACCAAGCAAUGGAAAACGAAGAAAGCUUAAAUAUCAUAAAAGAACAAUACGGAACACUCCAAGGCGUUUACGCUGAAAAAAUCACUGAGCUAGAAAAUAAAUUAAUGAAUUUGACGCAAAAUUAUAGAGAUUUAGAAGAAAAAAGAAGAAUCAGCUCAAAUAAAUAUACAGGAGAAGUAGAAAGUUUAAGAGAACAGCUAAGGCAAAUUGAAAAAGAGAAGGAAAACGACAACAACAAGUCUAGAGAAGUAAGGCCUCCUAAAAAGAGACCAGUAAAGGUAUGCCAAAGAUGCAAAAAGAAAUUCGAAGAAAAAAUCCCAGAAUGGAAUAACUAA